CGAGCCGGCAGAUGCAAACAUGCAGUUCCAUCAGCGGCCCGACCUCAGCGGCGCGUCCGAGGCCGUGAGCUUAAGCGCGACGCGGCAGCGUGUGAGCGCUGUGCCGGUCGAGCUCACGCUUCCAAACCAGCAAGUUCUACUGGGGUUCCCCAACCGACCGCCUCCGAUCGACGCGGCCGACGAUGGGGCCUUCAACAAGGCCGUGUUCAUGACCAAUGCCAUGCGCAAGCAUCCCGAUGUACGUGAAAACCAGAUCCUCUUCGCCAUCUUUGCGGUGGUCAACAUUCUCUUUACGAGCGCGUUCUUGCUCCCAGCCGACGCCUACGGGCACGCAUGGUACGACGUGGGCCCGUUGCCCUCGCAGCUGCCGAAUACGUGGCCCGGUCGUCUCGCUUUGCUCGCAUCGACUGGCAUCUCGCUCGUCUGCGGCGCCUAUGGCGUCUUCCGAAAGCAUCGCUUCAUUCUUUUGCUCUUCCUCCUCUACACUGCAGCUCAGGACGCACUGCUCGUGCUGUACCCGCCCGUGUUUCUCUUGGUCCUCCGAAUCCCCAUCGAUGUCAUCUUGGGUGGUCUCGCCUACCGUAUCCAUGCAGCACUGUCGGCGCGCUGGUUUGUGACGAGCAAUAAAAAGUAGCUUCCUCUUCGUUCAUACGAUCGUCGUCAUCGCGGUUACCCAAAGAUGUAGUUCAUGAC